AGUAAGUUAAGUAAGGUUCCAGGCUUAAAGAGAUCCUGCAUACCUCCAGGUCUGCCUGUAAUAAGCAGUUCAUGGGCCAAUUAGGGGAACCAACAAUUACAAAUUGGAAAGAAGAGAGAAAGGAAAGAAAAAGGAAAUCAGUCAAGGGUGGCAGCUGCGUGGCGAGGAAUCUGUUGUGGGCUCAGUAUGAGGUCCGGUGGCAUGGAAAGCACAGCAGUCCACAUUGGUUGAACGAUCACCUUUGACGCAGUUCCAAAGAUGAAACCCAAACUCCUGAAUCUACAGGAGUGCCUGCCUGAGGAGAUUAUGCUGUCAGAAUGUCUGAAAGAAUGCUAUGGAUGUCAUAAGAGUCUAACCGUGACACAGAGGUGGCGGCCGUACACAAUCAGCAUGGGCACAGUACAUGGAUAAACAAGUAUGGCUGUUUAUUCCACCAUCUUUCUCCUGCUCUCCAUCUUAAUUUCUUGUUGCGGAACAUCCAACAGAGGAGAAACUCCUUUGAAAGGCAAAGAGUCCCAGGAGAGUCAGAAGCUUAAGCAAGACCUAGUAAUUGCUGCAAUGAGUAUUUUCUUGAUAAUCUCCCUCCUCCUCAUUCUGGGCUGCAGUUUCCUUCACUACAAACUGAUGACAAGGGACAACACGACUUUGCAGAAAGAAGUCAAGUCUGUUGCCAUCAAGUCUCACUUGCAUCAUGUUGAAACGAGGAUCGUCCUGUCUCCUUCCCAGGUGAUGCAACUAGCUGCCGCCCAAGAUAGGAGCUCCCAAGGAGCCUCCAUUGUACGAACAUCGAUGAUUUAUAAACAGCCUCCCAGUGAUGUGCAGCUACCACCACCCGCCUCCAAUGAAUCUGCUGUCAGUUUUGCAUACACCGACCCUGGCGCUCUUCUAUCAGCCCCGAGGAGCCAUACGCCAGAAAGUUUUCUCUCUACUCUCUCAAAGUCAGGCAGUCUUUAUUCGAUGGAACAACAUGAUCUCCUUUAUGGGUCUUCCAGGAGUUCCUCCAGAGCAUCCCUGGGCAACCCAGAAUAUAAAUAUGAAGAUGGAGAAGAAAGCGACGAUUCUGGGAGCACCAUUUUUGUCCCAUUUGCAGGAAUGUGACAGAUGAUCUAUCUUUAACCAGACGUUAAUGAUAUUCCAUGUGUAUCACUCGGCUGCACUAUGUCUAUUUUCAUGGAAAAUAUAAAUAGGAAAAAAGAAGUACACAACUGAGUAUUUUCUGAGUUAUGUGUGAAUGGAAGGCCACACAAUGAGUUGCCUACCAUCAUCUUCCAUCUUUAAAAUACAGAGAUCUCCUUCGGAAGCCAACUUAUUUUCAAUCUUUCCCCAAUCAUAGUAAGGAUUACAGGACCUAAUGAAUCAAACUCUUUCUACAGUGAACAGAUGGGAUGUAUAAACUGACUAUCUGAUGUCAGUUUCAAAGAGCACUUCAAAUAGUGGACUGGUGUAAGAAGUUUAAAAAGAGACUGAUCCGGUGUAACUGUUUAAAGUCUUUCGAGAAGAAUAAAGUCACUGGAUGAGAGACGGUUUUCUUAAUGACAUGGAUAAACCUGUGAAUGUUCCAUUUGCUGGUCUGUGGACCUUCAUCCUGACAAUCCCCAAAUUACCUGCUGUCAAAUAUUUUUCAGGAGGGACUUGCCCACGAGAUGGGAUUUAACUGCCUUUGGGCCCACUUACAGGGUGGAGAUUGAAAGGGGGGCAGUUGCCCUAGGGUCUGGCAAU